AUGCGGCAUCGAUUGGGGAACAGUUCGCUGGGUCGUAUGACCCAGCACAGACUGCUGAUGCUACGCAACAUGGUCUCUUCGCUCAUCGAGCACGAACAGAUCAAGACAACCGUGCCAAAAGCAAGACAAUGUCAACGGAUGGCCGAGAAAUUCAUCACAUUGGCACGCCAACAGAGCGCACCUGCACAUGUCGUAGCGAGGGGCAUGCUCAUGAGCACAGAGAGGACUGUACCUAAACUGUUCAAAGAGCUGGCCGUGCGCUACGCUGAUCGACCUGGCGGCUACACACGGAUACACCUUUACGGCAAUAGAUUGGGUGAUCACGCACCUCAUGCCAUACUCGAGUUCGUCGACGGACCGAAAGAUCUCCUGUUCGCUCAGACUGCUCUGACGCUCGGUCACGAACUGGCGCUCAAGGCACUCGCGGGCAAUAGGCAAGGAUUGUUUUGGCGGCAGAGUCGUGUGCCUCUAGGUGAGCUGGAGACACUUGCGCCCGGCGCAGCAAGACAGGCUGCGGUGAUUGCCCGAUACGAACCACUGGGCUUGCGCAAAUAUACCUUGUGGAAUCUCGGCAAGAUCUUCAAGUUUCGCGACCCCAAGGAGAUCCUCGAGCUCGAACAGCGCGCGAGGGAUCACUUCGAUGUCAGCUUGGCGAGGGCACACCAGGAGCCAGUGGAUGCAAAGGAUGCCAUGCUGUCCACCGUCCUACGUGGGCACGAGAUCGGCGCGGAUGCAAAGAGGAAUAACCUCGACAAGCGUGAAUAUCCCGUCAGGAAGCGGGCAGGCCGAUCGGGCGACGCGUACAACGAGCCGCCCUACCAGGCGGAUGCACUCGAUCUUCUGCAGCCGAAAGCUGCGCCUAAACAGCUUUCUGAUCAGAGUAGGGAGAUCAUCAGAAUGCUCAGUCAGAUCGGUCAGGGCGAGAUCGGGUCAGACGGAUUGCCAGACUUUACCGCGCCUGACGCAGCCGAGCCUGCCCGGCCAAUGCUCGAGUCUGGCCGGCCAGCGAGAGCAGAAGCGCGUGCGUAG